AUGGCGGAUCCUUCCACACGGCACUGGCCUUCCAGCCUGCCCAAGGCCCAGAAACGGAAGAAGCAACCCAAGGGAGCAGCGGGGCCGAGGGUUCCCCCGGCAGAGGAGGAGGAUCCCAGGGUGAAGUGCAAAGACUGCGGAGCCUUUGGGCACCACGCGAGAAGCCUGAGGUGCCCCAUGAAGCGUUGGCACGGGGCCCUUGCCCCCCAGCCCUUGGGCUCCAGAAAGCUGAAGGAGAACCUGGAACCACGGCCUCAGCAGGUCCCGCCCAUCCCGCGGCCCUCCAGCCAGGCGGAGAGAGAGAGGGAGCAAAGACAAAGGCAAGACGAGCAGCGGAGGAAGGCUCUGGUGCAGAGGUUUCCCAGGAGACCCCAAGGGAGGCAGCAGCCGAGCUGGAAGGAAGGGACAGAGUCCUGUGACUAUAUGAGGCAUGCAAACAGGCCACUGCCGGUCCACACAACCAAGAGGGAAACCGAGCCGGGCCUCGAGCUCCCGUGGAGGCUGCCUGUGAGGACACCCUACAGGACGUCCACUGGCUGUGCAGGAUCUGCCAUCCAAAGUCCUGGAGUGAGCCUCUUCUCCCCUGGAGGACUUGAGCAUGGAAGGGAAGUUUCUGUCCCUCCAAGCCCUCCCCGAGUGUCCCCACAUUGGGCCCAGGACCCUACCGUCAUGGUCCAGCUAAGAGACGAGACGCCCAGUUGGUUGUGCCCGGAAGAACCCCAGGCUGCCUGCAAGACGCAAGGCCUGGGCCACACCCCCGACACCCAGGCACAAGCCCGGUCUCUGGAUGUCCAGUCGCAUCCCUGCCAACAGCCUGCUGCCCAUCUUUGGGACCGGCACUGCAAAAUCAGCAUCCAGGCAGCAGGCAAGAGAGGUCCUCGGCUCCCCGUUCACACUGGCCAGAACCUCCCAAAGAAACCGAGACUCAGUCGCUGCCAGAGCCCCCAGAGGAGCCCUCAGAGACCACAUCAGGGUCUUGUCCAAACUCUCCAGCCUCCCCCAUGUUCGGCAGACGAGGCACCCCAAGUCGCCACGAAGGCUCCUCCCGACCUGCAAGGCAGUGGCCUCCAGUCUGCCCACAACAUGCCUCCCCUGAGCGCUGUGCAGCCCUGCACAGUGCCCCAUCGUCCACCACUGCACCACGUUCCAGGCCAGCCCCUCAGAAUGCUCUUCACAAGAUCAGACAAGGGCUGGUGGAGCUCCAGGUUCCUGACAGCUCCCUCCUUCCAUCCUGCUGAGAAGACAAGCCGUCCUGUGGAAAGCCCUCCCAUCUUACAGAAGUCCGAGGGACAGUGUUCCCGGGUCCCACUGAGUGUCCUCUACGAGGACCUUCAGGUUUCCUCUUCCUCUGAAGAGAGCCUUUGGGAGGGAGACACCUCACGGCCAUGA